GCGGUUUGUGCUGCUGUCUUGGUCGAGCAUCUCUUAUUCGCAGCAUCUACCUACGAACGCCUAAUCCUCCUCGAAUCCUCGCUCCCCUCUGCCUCCUCCUCCGACAUCCCGCCGCCCAGCCCCCACGACAUAGGGGCCCUGCGAUCCACGCGCACCCUCAGUCGCACCCGCGUCCGCGUUGGAGGAGCACGAGGUCACGCCUGAGCUGUCAGCAACAUGGCGAGCGCGAUCACGAAACGGCAGCAGGCUCGCAACGAGCGCAUGCUGCAGGACCUCCUACGGACAGUGCCGGGCAACGACAAGUGCGCAGACUGCGCUGCGAAGAAUCCAGGCUGGGCCAGCUGGAACUUGGGCAUCUUUCUCUGCAUGCGAUGUGCUGCUCUGCACCGCAAGCUCGGCACACAUGUCUCCAAGGUCAAAUCACUGUCGAUGGACAGCUGGAGCGUGGAGCAGGUGGAGAAUAUGAAGAAAGUGGGCAACGUGGCCAGCAACAAGACAUACAACCCGCAGAAUGUGAGACCGGAAAUACCUAUUGAUGUGGACGAGGUCGACUCGGCGUUAGAGAGACACAUACGGCAAAAGUAUGUCACCAAGGCCUUGAGUACUGGACGAGCACAACCUGCUGCAAGACAGAACACGGGGAGUACUGCAACAGACCUUGGAUCUUGGAGCGAGGAGCCUCCCGAACUGCCUCCUAAGCCCACGAAACGAUUUGGCUUCUCUUUACGGUCCUCAAGUGCGGCGGUACCCAAACAGCGCGCGGAUCGAAUCACACCACCUCUCUCGCCUGCAUACAGCGGGGACCGCAAUGAUCUGCCGAGCCCGAAGAGGGGCAACAAACCAAGCCAGCUAUUUGGUAUGAAGAUCACUACAGUGGACAAUAACUUCCAGGCGAAGCUGUCGCACAUUCGAGAUAUGGGGUUCCCAGACAAUUCGAAGAACACCGAAAUAUUGAAAAGCACGGGCGGGAAUGUGGAGAAGGCUGUUGAAACAUUGAUAAGAUUAGGCGAAGGCACGAAACCGUUGUCGAGGUCGGUGACACCGGGGCCACGAGCGUUGACACCGGUCUCGAUGGGCAGUUCUGGGGCAAACGGCAUCAGCAUUGAGAAGAAGUCAAGUAACCCGUGGGAGGUACGAGAAUCUGCCGCGCCUCCCGCGGUCCCAGCACGCGCAUCUUCUGUUCCUCCUCAGCCUACGGCGGCAUCGGCGUCAUGGAAUCCAUUCUUGCAACCGCAAUCGGCUGUACAGCCUCAGACAUCGCUGGAGAACAGCUUUCAGAACAUGUCUCUUUCGCAACCGGCAACGCAGGCUAGCUCACCUUGGCACACCGGGACCCAGCAAGCAUAUCAGCAGAGCCCAGCUGUAAUGCAGGCCAACAAUCCUUUCUUGCAGCCACAACCAGCACAACCGCAACAGACGGCGUCUCCUUGGGAUCAGCCAUCUGCUUCAUAUCCGCCACCUGUACAGCAAUCAUUUGCGCAGCAACAAACAUCACAGUUUGCAAACAACCCGUUCAUGCAGCAAAGCGCUCAGCCACAGACUGCGAACGCGAGUGCGAAUGACAUUUGGGCACAACAGGCUCCACAACAGCAGCAAUUCGCGCAGCAGCAAGCCAGCAACCCAUGGCAACAACAGGGCUUUACGCAACAAGCUCCAAUGGCAUCACCGCAGCCCAUGUACGGUCAACAAGCAGACUUUUUCUCUCAACCUCAGCCGCAACAGCAAUUGCCGCAGCAACAAUCUUUCACACAACCUCCUGCUUCGAAUCCCUGGGCACAGAAACUCGCUCAACACUCCGCACCCCAGCCUCAACAGCAGCCUCAAACCCAAUUUGCUCAACACCCACAACAAGAGCAGCCCUGGCAAUACAACUCCCAACCACUUCUCAAUGCUCAAUAUCAGCAACCCGUUCGCCAAGACAAGUCAUCAAUCCUGGCAUUAUACAACUAUCCCCAGCUCGCGCCUGCACCAAGACAAUUACAAACUCUACCUGAAGAUGGCUCGGCUCCCCAGCAGACGUACGAGCAGCAACAACAACAGGUCCCUCAACGCAGCGUCACUAUGCCGCCGAACCUCAUGAUGAACAGCGGGAACCCUUUUGGCGCCCAGCCCGCGCAGCAGCAACAGCAGCAGCAGAUGGCACCUCGGCACGUGAGUAAUGAGAGCAGGGACUUUCAAGGCUUUGCUGGCAAUGGGAGACAUAGUCCGGACGCGUUUGCGGGCUUGGCUGCGAGGUAUAGAUGAUGAAUGUUUAAUUCGUUCGUGAGGUGAAGGAUAAGAGGAGGAAAGAAAUUCGCAUCACCUUUUUAGCUUCUCUUUUGUCGCAUAUUGGCCCAUCAUGGGCUGGGCUUUCCCUUUCAGUUUCUGUUUAAGCGAGGCGUUCCGGCGGGUAUGGAUGGGUGAAUGGACGUGAUGGCACGUUUCUUUCUAGUGUCUGUCGACGAAUGUCUGUAGGGAGGAAGAGAAGAUAAGAUAAGACAUACCAGCAGCGUGGAAUGAAUGGGAUGGACGCUGUGCUGUUCACAUG